AUGAUUUGCACGGUCAAACAACCCUCCAUAUCGAUCGUAGCUUCUCAUGUUUUGCUACGGAAAAAGGGUUCAUCUUCAACUCCAGUUCAGUCAUGUUCCGUUGUUGUCCCUUCUUCCCAUCUAAGGGAAAAUACUCUGAGAUCUUUGGUGUCAGUACAAAAGCCACUGCACCUUUCAUGUGUUGGUUUGGGGAAUUUUGUUGGGUGUCCGGUUAGGCGUGAGCGUGGUCAUUUGGGGACAUGUAGGGCGUAUGAGGCUGAGAGACCGGAGGUAGAAGGGGCUGGGAAUCCAUCUGAGGCUGCUAAGAAGGUGAAAAUUGGGAUAUACUUUGCAACCUGGUGGGCUCUGAAUGUGGUGUUCAAUAUUUAUAACAAGAAGGUGCUGAAUGUAUACCCCUACCCUUGGCUUACCUCAACUCUCUCCCUUGCAUGUGGGUCUCUCUUGAUGUUGAUCUCUUGGGCCACCAGGAUAGCUGAGCCUCCUAAGACUGAUCUUGAGUUCUGGAAGACUUUGUUCCCUGUUGCUGUUGCACAUACAAUAGGACAUGUAGCGGCAACUGUUAGCAUGUCAAAAGUUGCAGUAUCCUUCACCCAUAUCAUCAAGAGUGGUGAACCUGCUUUCAGUGUUCUUGUUUCCAGAUUUCUUCUGGGUGAGACCUUCCCGGUGCCAGUCUAUCUGUCUUUAAUUCCUAUCAUCGGUGGAUGUGCACUUGCUGCUGUUACUGAGCUCAACUUCAACAUGAUUGGUUUUAUGGGGGCUAUGAUAUCGAAUUUGGCAUUCGUGUUCCGUAAUAUCUUUUCAAAGAAGGGAAUGAAGGGAAAGGCUGUUAGUGGAAUGAAUUACUAUGCAUGUUUAUCUAUCUUGUCCCUUGCAAUUCUCACACCUUUUGCGAUUGCUGUGGAGGGACCACAGAUGUGGGCGGCUGGAUGGCAAACAGCACUCUCUCAAAUUGGACCUCAAUUUAUACUGUGGAUGGCCGCUCAGAGUAUAUUUUAUCACCUGUAUAAUCAGGUGUCAUACAUGUCUCUGGAUGAGAUCUCUCCUUUGACAUUUAGCAUUGGAAACACCAUGAAACGUAUAUCUGUUAUAGUUUCUUCAAUCAUCAUCUUCCACACACCAGUUCAGCCUGUUAAUGCUCUCGGAGCUGCUAUCGCGAUCUUUGGAACCUUCUUGUAUUCACAGUGCUUUGAGCCUUGGAGGAUCCUUUGCAAAGGUUGUACUAGGGAGGAUUCGGAGGGUAACCUCUGGGUGACAGAUUGUCGGGUGAUUAGGGGGACUAACUUCAAGGUGGAGGAACAUGCAUUGUCUAGUGAGAAAACUCUAGCCAUGGAAGCGAGCUUGAACUGGUUCAGUGAGUUCCCAUCUCAACUGCUUUUAACCAUCGUUUCACUCCUCCCCUUCAAGGAUGCAGUAAGAACUUCUGUCCUCUCAAAACAAUGUCAACAUGUUGGAACAAGAGAAGCCCAGAGGAAGUCUUUUCUUGACUUCAUAAAGUUUUGGAUUGAAAACCACAAAGGAACUGUGCUGAACAAGUUCUCUUUAAGGCUAUCAAUGCCUGAAAAGGUUACUGAGGUUAUUGAUGGAUGCAUAAUUUUGUCACACAAAGUUUACAAUUGUAGCCUCGAGUCCUUCAAAUUGUAUUCAUGUAGCUUUCUUGAGACUGAAGUGUUUAGCUUUCAUGAACUCAAAGAAGUUUCUUUGGGUUGGAUGGAAGUGAAGCUCAGUGCGAUCAAGGCUUUGCUUUCGAACUGUGAAAAGCUCGAGUCGAGAGUUUAUGUUUCACAAAAUGCUGGAGCUUGA